GAGGCGGGCGGCUCCUCCCUGCCCGCCGCCAGCACCCCGCCCGCCCGGGCAGCGGAGAGGAGUGCGCGGCCGUGCCGAACCAGCCGAGCGCAGCCGGGGGCGCGGAGCCGGGGAGCGUGGAGCCCAGGUGGCCCCGCUGCCGGAUGGGAGAGCCCCAGCGUGGUGGAUGACGCCUCCCACGCACAAUGUCAUCAUGCGUCUCUAGCCAGACCAGCAGCGACAGGGCCGCCCCCCAGGAUGGCAGCAGCGAAGGCCCGAAGCCCUGUGAGGCCCUGCAGGGCCUCUCGUCCCUGAGCCUGCGCCUGGGCAUGGAGUCCUUCCUUGUGGUCACCGAGUGUGAGCCGAGCCGCGCUGGGGGCCUCGGCCUGGCCCGGGCCCAGCCCCUGGAGGCUGAUGGCCAAGAGAGCCCCCCGGAUGGCCCCCGGUGCCACCUCUUGGGGCGCAAACUGUCCCUGCAGGAGCGUUCCCCCGGGGCGCCGGCCUCUGGCAGCAGCCUGGCCGCGAACGGAAGCUGCGCGGACCCGUGCCCGCCCUCCUCGCCUGUCGGGUCCCCGCAGUUGUCGCCGCGGCUGCCCCGGCGGCCCACGGUGGAGUCGCACCACGUGUCCAUCACGGGCCUGCAGGACUGUGUGCAGCUCAAUCAGUACACGCUGAAGGAUGAGAUUGGAAAGGGCUCCUACGGGGUGGUCAAGCUGGCCUACAACGAGAACGACAACACCUACUACGCCAUGAAGGUGCUGUCCAAGAAGAAGCUGAUCCGGCAGGCUGGCUUCCCACGUCGGCCCCCACCCCGAGGUACCCGUCCAGCCCUGGGUGGCUGCAUCCAGCCCCGGGGCCCCAUCGAGCAGGUGUACCAGGAAAUUGCCAUCCUCAAGAAGCUGGACCACCCCAACGUGGUGAAGCUGGUGGAGGUCCUCGAUGACCCCAAUGAAGACCAUCUGUACAUGGUGUUUGAACUGGUCAACCAGGGGCCUGUGAUGGAAGUGCCCACCCUCAAGCCACUCUCUGAGGACCAGGCCCGCUUCUACUUCCAGGAUCUGAUCAAAGGCAUCGAGUACCUGCACUACCAGAAGAUAAUCCACCGAGACAUCAAGCCCUCCAACCUGCUGGUGGGAGAUGACGGCCACAUCAAGAUCGCCGACUUUGGCGUCAGCAAUGAGUUCAAGGGCAAUGAUGCUCUCCUGUCCAACACCGUGGGCACGCCCGCCUUCAUGGCGCCCGAGUCACUCUCGGAGACCUGCAAGAUCUUCUCUGGGAAGGCCUUGGAUGUGUGGGCCAUGGGUGUGACGCUGUACUGCUUUGUCUUUGGCCAGUGCCCGUUCAUGGACGAGCGGAUCAUGUGCCUGCACAGUAAAAUCAAGAGUCAGGCCCUGGAGUUCCCAGACCAGCCUGACAUAGCUGAGGAUCUGAAGGACCUGAUCACCCGUAUGUUGGAGAAGAACCCCGAGUCGAGGAUUGUGGUGCCCGAAAUCAAGCUGCACCCCUGGGUCACGAGGCACGGUGCGGAGCCACUGCCAUCGGAGGAUGAGAACUGCACACUGGUCGAGGUGACCGAAGAGGAGGUCGAGAAUUCAGUCAAACACAUCCCCAGCCUGGCGACCGUGAUCCUGGUCAAGACCAUGAUCCGGAAGCGCUCCUUCGGGAACCCCUUCGAGGGCAGCCGGCGGGAGGAGCGCUCGCUGUCGGCCCCCGGGAACCUGCUCAGCAAAAAACCACCCAGGGAGUGGGAGCCCCUGUCUGAGCCCAAGGAAGCAAAGCAGCGAAGACGGCCCUCUGGGUCCCGACCUGGCCCCCGCGGGGGAGGAGGAAGUGCUCGUGUGAAAGGUGGGCCCUGCGCCGAGAGUCGGGGGGCUGCGGCCACCGGCUCCCCUGCUCGCAUGCAUCCACUGCAGCCCGAGGAGGCGAUGGACCUGGAGUAGCUGCUGGACCGCUGACCUCGCAUGCGGGCUGCUGCUCCGAGUUUCCAUAGCAGCAUGUCCUACGGAAACCGAGCACGCGUGCAGAGCCUUGGCCGCCAUCUCUGGUUCUUUGCUUUGUCUUUUUCCUUUGUUGUCUUAAAGGGGACAAAAUACCAGGACUUGACUCCGUGAAGUUGACCUUGGCCACCGGCUGGCUGGACUGGCGGUGUAAGGAGCUACAGACCCAAACCCCUGUGCAUUCUGGGACAAUUGCUUUUUAAAACAUUUUUAUGCCCCAAAUCCUUCAUCGUGAAUUCAGAACCGUGUCAGAUGUACCAAGCGAACGUGAGUGAGGUUUGAACAGUGUGGAGAAAGAAGCAGAGCGCUCCUGCAGGCCGGGCCAUAAGCGUGGCCUUGCGACUGGCAAGGGAGAGGGAGGCUCGAAGGGACACUGGCCGCGAGGCCCAGGUCUGGGCUCGCAGCUGCAGGGAGCUUUGAUGCAACUUCAUUUGCAUGAAGGACUUUUGAAUGUUUUAUGGGUAGAAUGUAGUCAGGAAAACUGAAAGGGCUUGACGUUUAAUUGCUUCUCUGGGGGAAAUCUGCGGGGCAGCUGUGGCAGAGGCGGUUUCCCCAGGGGACCUAAGGUUUCUGACGUCAUCUGCUCACAGUGGGUUCCUAAGGGCAUUGGCCAAGUGCUAGUAAAUCUCUUUAUUCAGUUACAAAAACUUCAGGUGAAAUCCUACACUUCCAUGUACAUUACAUGGCUUAAGAUUCACCAAAAAAAAUACCUUCAACUCUCUAACUAGACUGAACUCUACAGAAGUUCAGAAGUUAUCAGAGCUUCCAGGCUUCCGCCACACGAUCAGAGACAGAGCCAAGGAGACCUGCGCCUGUAGAUCAGCAGCGCGGCUGGUUUGUACCCUGUGUGUUCUAGAGACUGCUGAGGUUUUGUCUGUACCUGGAGUCCUAGCUGGUUUGUAGGCCAGGAGACACUUUAUCCAGCUUCUGGUGCGCCACCUAGAGGUGCUCUUCCCUCUUCCUUGGCUCAGACACUAAUGAUCAUCCCCAGCUCAGAUGAGCUUCGGCAGGAGCCACGCAGUGACACUAGGAUGCCCUUUUAGAGGCGGCUGUUGGGACCCGGAGCACUCCUAGGGGCAGCUGGCACUGGAUGCUCUCUUCUUACCCAGAAGUCCAGAAAGAAAAUGUUGAUCCUUUUGACCUCCAUCCAGUAUUGGGGUUUCCUGAGGCUGGGGUGCGACUUCACAUCUGCCCUUGGAUUGUGUUCAAGGGGAGGGAAGCUUUGAAGACUGCACUGCGGAUCUGACCUCCACUUCCCAGUUCUCUGGGGGGAUCUGCUCAGUACUUGGGCUCAGAAGAGUUCUUCCCAAAGUUUCUGCCCAAUGACCUCUGGUUCAAGGUUGUCUGCCGACAGAAACAAGGCCUGUGCCCCCUGGCCAGCCAGUCACAGGGCUGGGAUGUUGUUUGCUUCCAUAGAUUUUCUUCAGCUUUUGACCGUAGUUUAGUGGGACCUUCCCUGCUAUCAUGUAAGCAGUCAGAAUUGGGGCAUGCUGGUUCCAAAGAGCAAAGACAGUCUGGGGAGGGUCGCCUUGCCUGCUUGUUUUGUCUUCCUAACCUAGUGCUUCCUCUUACCCUCCCUGUUUAAAUUUAUGGGGAAAUGAUCCAGUAGCUCUACCCGUUCUGCAAGCAGAUGGGGUUUGGGUAGUUCACAAUAAGCACCUUGCUGGUGAAAGCCAACAGUCCCAGCCUGUGUGUGGACUCUGGCCUGGCUGAGUUGGCCCUGAGGAGAGGAGGUGGCGUGCGGAGCGCUGCAAAACUCACGCCCGUUUACACGACCAUCCCUCCCCACCGUGAAGCUUCCAUCUGAGACGUCCCUGGGGCUUGGGCCAGCAAUCCGGAGGCUCCCAGCUGUGGGAGCAGUGGGUUGGGGAGGUCCACGUGGAGAACUUUCUUUUUUAAACAAAGAAACACCAAAGAAAGCUGUGGAGAGGAGCUGCCCAGCCCCACGGAAAGCUUAAGCAGAUGCAGCUGUACCUAAAGCACUGGCACCAGCCCUUCUAGAGCACAAAGCCAGCCCUGCUACGAAAGGGCAAAGCUGUGGGGAGCAGCUUUUCUGGCUGGACAGAAAGGAUGCCAUGUCCUUCCAUGGCUGGCUCUUCUGGGGACUGACGUGAUGGAAGUGACCUGCAGCCCAUGUCUGGGGGCCUGAAGGAAGCACAAAUCCUCCCUCCACCUGCCUUUCUUUGCCCUUUCCACCUGCCCCAUUUAUCCACAGGCUGCCAGCGGCCCCCAGAAACCUUACUGAGCGCCUUGUGGCACCUGGGGCUGCAGACACCUGCGGCUUCUCCGGAGUGAGAAGAAACCUUCGCAGGUGGACAGGGCCUGGCCCGGGACCCUCACCCACCCCCUGAGGGCUCCACGCUGCCCAUGGUGGAGCCCGGAUGUCCACUUGCUCCACGGUGCUAGGGACGGUCUCAAGGUCGUUGGUUCCCGUCUUUCUCCAGUUUCGUGGACUCUGCCUUUUCUAUUCUGUGAUCUAUCCAGUGCCCGAUGCUUCUGUUCUCUCCCUGAUCCUUUCUACUAUGCAUUUCCUUCUAUCAGGUGUACAGAGUUAAAUACUGUGUAUUUAUCACUCCUGAGAACAUGAACUUACGAGAAAGAUAAGCCUUUGACGUUUUUCCACAGAUGAUUGAGCUUCUCUGUAAACUUGAAAUAAACACACAGCGAAAUGGUGCGGA